UACGUCUCGAGAUUAGUGAAUUGAUUAGGAAAUUAGGAUUCGAUUAAAUAAAGGCUUAUCUGAAAAGCGUCUUUGAGAGGGUUCGAAAUCGUUCUCGGCGUUCUCACUUGGGUUCCCGUUCUUAAGUUAGCUUCGCCGUGGAUGGAGAGUUUGAUGGAUUGCCUUAUCUCUCGUAUAAUUUUUUGUGGAUUUCGUUGUGUUACCCACACAUGUGAGUCUCCCAUCGCCAUAGCUUGCAGGUGCAGCUGAGAGUUUGGGUUUUUUGGAGUUGGGUUGUUGAGCUGUGAUCGAGGUUGGGGAGCACUAUGGCGUGUGCAAGUGCAGCAGCGGUGGCGGCAGCUUCAUCUGGAUUGCAGGUUUGCGAAGCAAGCUCCAGGAUGGGCAUCAGCGUCGUGUCGCUCAAAGCCUCCCCUGGCCAAGUGAUAUGCCUCCCGCGCACCCUUUCUCUCAAAGACCCCACCAAGAAGGUUCAGAUGUUUGGAGGUAGGCAGGGCACAUAUGACUUGGUGAAGAGGUUCCAUCCGAUUCGGGCUCAAGCCGUGGACAACGAGCUUGCCUCUGAGGAGCCUUCAGGUUCUGGUGCUCCCCAGAAAACGACGUAUUAUUAUUUGAUUGCGAAUGCUAAGUUUAUGUUGGACGAUGAAGAGCACUUCCAAGAGCAGAUGAGUGAGAAGUUGCGUAUGUACGGAGAGCGCAACAAGGAGCAGGACUUCUGGAUGGUUAUAGAACCCGAAUGGCUUGAUAAGCACCCGGAGAUUGCCCAGCGAGUAGGCAGACCAGCUGCUGCCCUUGUAUCAACUGACAAAAUCUGGAUCACGUUCAUGAAGCUGAGGCUGGACAGAGUACUGAAAGGCGAACUCACCGUGGACAGUCCGAAGGAGGCGUUGACAGGCAAGCUCACCACUGUGAAGUUUGAGAGACCAGCUAAGUGGAUUGCCCCUUACCCGAAAUAUGAGGGCGAAUGGUGGACUCCUUUCUUGUACAAGGAAAAUUAAAUUAGUCCUUGUAUUUGGUGAAGUGGAUUUUGCAGUUAGGGUUGGAAUUAUAAAUGUAGACUUGAAGGAUAGGUCGCUCUGGACGUUGCCAGAUCAAUUUGUUUUUUUUGGGGGGCCAGUUAUUUGUGAACAAGGCAGAAAUAUCAACUGCGGGUACCAAUGAUACAAGGCAAAGGUGGUAUUGUAGCAUCGUUGAGAGGUUUAUGUUGUGUCGGGGAUCAUGAGGAUUUGUCUUGUGUAGUUCUCCUUAAUUAGAUCAGUUGAGUGCUCCUGGCUCUAAAUUGAGGACAUUAGCUUUACCCCUAAAAGCUGUAGUUGGGGUUUCCCAGGGCCGGUUAGUUCAGCUAUCAGACGAGAACCAAAGCAGGGUUUGUGACUGAGGCCCUCCUACGUCGAUGUUAUGAAUAAUUUGAUUGCAUGCAAGAGGAGUUUUUGCUGGAUCA